UUUUUUUUCUAUUUAUAAUUCGUCAAAUGAAAAUUUAACUCAUAAAUACAUAUUUCCGAAUAUUUAUGUAGUUUAAAAAAUAAAAUUCUGCGUUCCAAUCAAAAUUCUUUGUGCCGUUAUAAAUUUAAAAUACAUGAAUCCUGUCACUGAACGUCUAAUGGAUGAACGUAAAAAAUGGCGACUAGACCCACCAAAUGGAUAUUCAGCCAAUCCAAUUCAAAAUAUCGAUGGAAGCUUAAAUAUUUUCAAAUGGGAAUGUGAAGUACCUGGACCAAGAAAAACUCCUUGCGAAGGAAAAACUUAUAAAUUUACAAUAGAAUUUGACAAGACAAAUUUAAGAAUACCUUUAAUAAUUUAUUGCAAAUCAAAAUGUUUUCAUCCAAAUAUUAGCCAACAUGAUGGUUAUGUUUGUUCAUCUUUAAAAGAUAUUUGGCCUGAAUGUGGCAUAAAACAAAUUUUAUUUAGUCUUCAAUCAUUUUUGGAGUAUCCAAAUGUAGAAUCGGUAUUGAAUAAUGAGGCAGCUAGUUUGUACAAAGGAAAUCGUGAAAAGUACAAUGAACGAGUUCAAAAUCUAAAUGGAGAAAACAAGAGGAUGUAUUGUGCGUUGAUUUUUGAGAAAUAAAAUUUAUUAAAAUGUGAAAACUUUUUUUUAAUGACGCUAUAGCUAUGUAGCUCAUAAAGAGUUUUCAUAAAAAAAAAUUUAGGCCAAAGGGUGUUUUUUUCGAAGAGACAGUAAAAUCUGUAAUUGAUCCCAAAAAGCCAAUGAUUCAUUUUAUUUUUGGUUUUGAUGACAAAUUAAACGUUUAUACUUAA